GGCUCAAACAGCCUUCGGAACGCAGAAGACGCGAUCUCUGACGUUUGGUUUCUGGAAGCGUGAGUUUCCUGCCCGUGUUCUUCCGUGUGCCUUCUGGACGAGCCGUGGAGCCGUCCCAGGCUUCGUGAGCCCGGCAGGUCGAAGAUUGCAAACGCCAUCCAGGCGCAGAGUGGGACGGGAUUCUGCAGUGGUGAAUUGUGGUGACGCGGGACGUGGGUAUGUGCCCAAUCACAGCUACCUCCGCAGAUGUUGAAGUUGGUUUAUUUUGGUCGGAUCGUAGAGUUGGUAUUGCUAUGCAGAGAUUCGGCAGUUGAAUCCGGCACAACUUCGGAGACUUGAGUGACUUUUGUGCUAGGCUAUAUUCAUGUUUUGCAAGGGUAAACUGAAGCUUAAAGUCACUGCUCGUCCAAUUCAAAUGACUCAUGUGAUUUUGUGAGGUUGUCAUCGUGGGGUUGCAUUCUUCAAGUGCCGCAAGAAGCAGCUCAGACGGUCCGCACCCAGGUGAGCUUUGCUGACAUUCGUGUCAGGAUGGCGCGAACCAGCUGGUACGAGAUGACCUUCACAUCAAAUGCCGAGACUAUGGAGGAAGACCCCUUUACGGCUACCCAAGAGGCAGAAGCAAAUGCAACAAGUGCUCAUGAGGCUCAGGAAGCUCAUGAAGGGGACGAGCCAAGAGACACACCGUUUGACCUGGCUAGAGAUGCACGGGCCUUGCAUGAAAACGGUACAUGUGAUCCAUGUGUCUUCUUGGCUUCGGCUCAUGGAUGUUCCAAGGGGUUGGACUGUGAAUUCUGUCACCUGCACCAUCCAGAGGCCAAUUCUUCCAGCUUCACCCGCCCAAGGAAGGAGCGUCGCAUGAGGAUGAAGCGGCACAUUCUGCAGCAUCUCCAAGGACCCGAUCCAGAUGAAAUGCAGCAAGCCUUGCAACGAGAAGCUCGACGCAGUCCGUAUAUGCGCUUCAUCAUCCCAUCCCAAAUCAAUCUUCAUUUGGGGGAGCCUACACCUGCUUCCACGAGUGAUGAUAAUAUGUGAGGCAACCAUCGUCACAAAUCAGUGAGUACCUCUGUCAGAUCCAGAGCAUCUCGGGGGCACUCUUGUAACACAGCGUUCCGACUUUAACAGUUUUUGUCUAUCCAGCAUCAGCCAGGCCCACUGGCCGGCGGGUAAUAUGACGUUGACCAGGGAUUCGCACAGCAUAGUUGAAAUGAAUGCAAUUAGCUUGUUUCAACCAACCAUGACAGGAGAAAUGAUUAGCACAGCAAGGCAACAAGUCAUAAGCGAGAUCCUGAGCGUAGAAAUCGACCUUCCAUGUCUUUAGGUGGCCCCUUUUGGAGCCAGACCAAGAGGACCCGAGUCACAGCUGAGGUGGCAAAGAAGCUUGCCUAACAAUUUCAUCUGCGAAAGUUGUAUGACAUGAUGAAGUUCUAGGUGUUCAAGUGUUCAAAGAGUAUCAACAAGUAGUACAAUUCAAGCACUGCCGUUGGAUUCUUCUUCAACAAUCUCCAUACUUUUAAGAGAGGGUUUCUCGCGGACAUGCGAACUGGCUGCUCGUCACAUGUAAUCUUUUUAAAGGUCAGUUUCACCUAUAGUCUGAGUGCCUUGUACUGUUCUGUCGGCGCUUUCCUUCUUCUUCUUCUCCCA